AUGAAACUAGGUCUAUUAUUUCUAGUCACAUUUCCAUCGCUUUUCCUAACUGAAGACAAUAUUCCAGCCAGAUGGAACCUGGUGCCCAAAAGAUUAUUGAAAAAGUUGUGUAAUUUGGAUGAGAGUUUGGCGAUUUGUGAGUGGAAGGUAAACCAAAUAUUAUCACCACGCGCUCCACCGAAAUAAACACGCGACGCAGACCGCGCCGCGUCACAACACACACAAAAUUCCCUUAUUUGUGUGUGUUGUGGCGCGACGCGGUAUGCGUUGCGUGUUUAUUUCGGUGGAGCGCAUUUUUAUCCUAAAAAUUAACGUUUUUAGCGACAUCUCCCGCGAAAUUCAUCGAAAAAACCGGUUUUUUCAAAAUGGCGGAUAUGCCGAGAUCAUCCGGAACUCAAUAUUUGUAAAUGGCAAAAUGGUGGACUUGCGCCAACCACACAGUCUAGCGUAGAUGGGUUUCGAGAGGAAAAAGAGUCGAUUUUCGCGGUAAAUUCAAAAUUUUCUUUAAUUUAACAAGUAAAUUUAUUCUAGGGAACACCUGAUAUGAUGCUAUCUUCAAAAUGGACAAAUAAAGAGGAUUUGGAUGAAACAGUUAGGAAAGAACUUCAGGAGGUAGGUUUUUUCAUGAUUUUCAUCAGAGAAAUUUGAAUUUUUUGUGAAAAUUUCAAGUUCUAAACAAAGCUAGCAUCUAAUUCUUCUAUUUCACACAAGAAAAUCGCAAGGAAAAAGUGCAAACGCGCCAAAAACAAGAAAAAACAUUUUUGCCGAAAAAAAAACAAAAAAAUAAAAAUAAAACAACGAUGCUCCGCAUUGACGACGCCGUCGCAGUGUGUGUGGCGGGAAUUCAAACACAAUUUUUUUCAGAAUCCUCGUUUCGACGGUCAACUUCGCCAAGAAACCUCAAACGAAUCGAAAGAGCAAAUCUUUGAUGAAUCAAUAAUGACAGCAGACACCUCAAGAAUAUUUCAGUUAUGA